AUGCUCUUCGCACGUGCCAAUCUCCUCCGCGCAUCUAUUCGAGCCGCCGGCUCCACAGCCCGUCGACCGGCGCAGCAGCUCGCUCGUCGAACGUACGCUUCGGGAGGGUCGCACGAGGCGAAGAAAUCGAGUGACUUGCCAUGGCUCCUCGGAUCCGUCGGCCUCGGCGGUCCCGCAGCCUUCUACUUGAUCCAAAGCAGGCCGCAGAAGCAAUCGCACGACCACCACGGCGAAGCACACACGGGCGGGUCCGAAGACGCCGAGAAGAAGGAAGCCGAGACGUCUGCCAAGGAGGCAGAGGCGCAACCCGACCGAGACGCCGAGCAGAAGACCGAGCAGGCGUCUGAGUCGAAGAGCGACGAGGGAUCUGGCGACGACAAGCCAAAGGGUGGAUCGCAGGGCGAGCCGCCUUCGAAUGUGGACCAGCCUGAUACUCGUAAAGAGGCUGGCGACUUUACCAGCACGUCGGGUAAGCAGGAGGGCGUUUCUAACACCACCACGGACAACCCCUACGUGAACGAGCCGGGGAAGAGUGUCAAGGGCGAGGGUGAGACGGAGACGGCUAAGGUCAAGGGCACUGUUGCUCCCGAACGGCCUCAGGCCUAG